UCCCGACCCAUAAUAACCUGUAUAUCAGAUACAGACAGGACUCUUGAUGAGAGGCUGAAGAAGCUUUCCUGUCCGGAGACGCUUGGUGCAUCCAACGUGCAUUUCCCCUGCAUGGUCGUCAAUGCGUCUACAGGGAUCAUUUUGAUUUCCUGGUGGUUCUACUUUAUUUUAAAUUUUUUUUUUUUUUUUUUUGAGAUUUUUUGGUUUGAUCUAUCUCCAGAUCAUUUGAUUUACCUUGGAAAGAAUUCGCAGAUUUGGGAAGACUCUCUCUCUCUCUCUUUCCUAUCCUUUGUUCUUCCAGUGGAUAUAUCGUACAGACAUUGCAACUGUCCCAGCGUACAUAUUAUUAUGUACGACCAACUGUUGGAGAUGUAUCCACGGAGGGUUUGAGCUACAUCCGAUCAUGGAUUCAACGGUACUAGUCUUUACCUCCUGGUAAAUUACUGACUACUAUCCAAUCCUCUGGUGAGAUUGAAGA